AUGUCCUCGGUAUUUGUAUCUUUCUACUUUGUUAAAACUAUUUCUGCAAGUAAAAAAUUCUUAACUAGAAGCGCCCUAUAUCAUGUGAACAAUAAAGAUGAUGAAUUUAGAGAAUUUACUUUUAAGGGUUUCACAGCAACUCCUGAAACUUUAAUUACAGACUUUGAAAAAAAUUUCAUCAUUCUUAUGAUCGGACACUAUCUUACUCUCAUUCAAACUGUACCUAUUUCUUCCUCUGCUAACAAUGCUUUGCUUACUCCUGAAGACCUCUCCUAUGCCUCUCCUUUCCUUUUAUUCUCUGCUCCUAUUUUACAAAAUUCUUUCUUAUCCCUUGAUGGAAAUAAAGAAUGCUUUAUAUUAACAAAAAGAUUGUAUAACGGAGUGAACAACCACAGAAACAUCGAAGCCAAAAUUACCGUAUCCUAUGACAAUUUAAACAACCAAUAUGAUGCUAUCAAAAAUAAUAUAAAAAAGACAGUUAUGUCUGUUAUAGGUCAAUUAAAAAUUGCAUCCAACGUUUCUAGUGAAGGAAAACAAAAAUCAAAACAAGAUUUCAAUACUCUCCUUGAAAGUAUUGAAGAAAAAUAUGUAGCUAUGAAUUCUUUGAAUAAAAGGCAAAGAGUAAACUUGACAUCUACCUCAAGAUCAAAUUCAUCAAGAGAAACAGCAACGACAAUGAAUUUUAUGAACACCAUUUCGCAGGUUAAAAAUGGCGUCUCUUCAACACAAGAACCCAUUGAAGAAUCCACUAAUCAAGAAGUUACUACAAAAUAA